AUAUGGCUGGCUUGGUUCCCAUGGCAACCGUCAUGGCAACGCGGAAGGUCAAUGCUUGGUGCUUUGUUUGCUCCUUGCUGCUGCUUAUUCUUGCGGCAAGCCUAUUGAUGAAAUGUUCACAAACAAAUAAGAAUAUUUAUCCCAACGCGAAUUCUAAGGAGCAGACGCGUGUAACAAACGCCGUCAAGUCAAGCAACCGUGUUGAUGAUGCAUCUGCGAAAAUUCCUGCGCGGCUCUGCACCCAGGUCGACAUCGACCGACACGCGGGUACCGUCUUGCUGACCACGACGAACGCUGGGUUCUUGGACAUGACGGAGAACAUGCUGCACAGCAUCAAGAGACUUAGAAUCUGUCCCAACAUCACCGUUAUCGCCGAGGACGAAAGGUCUUACAGGCGACUGUCUGCUUUGAAAACGCUCCACCCAGGGCUCCACGUCCAAAGAACGAAUCUAGGGGCGACAACUUCAGAUCGACUCCGAGUUUACGGGAGAACGUACGUCCAGUUUGUGAAGAGACGCACGCAUUACAUACUGCGCUUUCUUGAAGAUGGUUACAAUGUACUCUUUGCCGAUGCCGACACUUUCUGGUUUCAAGAUCCGUUCCCCGAUUUCCGAGGCAACUUCGACAUUGCCAUGCGACAGGAGGUCAACCCAGCAAGCCUCAGCCCUGUGUUCUGUAACGGGUUGGCCCUCUAUCGACCAACGGAAAACACGCUGGCCGUGGUGCGGGAGUGGGUGCGCCUGCUAAACACCACGCACAAGAAGACGAUGGAUAAAGAUGUGCUGAAUCGCGUGAUCCAGAAGAGAAAACCAAACCUAAGAAUGAAGUCACUGGACCCCGGUAGGUACCCGGACGGCCGCGUGCUCCGGGAUAAAGGUUGGGUCAAGAAACAAGCUGGCAGGUCGGCUGUGCUGCAUUUCAGUCACAUUUUCGGUUACGAGGGCAAAUUGAAGAAGUUCAAGGAAAAUGGAUUAUGGUUGUUAUGAAAUCUAGGCCUCCGUUACAAAGAUAGUGACGUCACACACAAAAAUGAGGUACGGCAAUUUAAAUCUCAAAAUGUCUGAUUCUUAAAAUUUUAUUUAUAUUACAUGAAUAAUACAACUUUUAGGCUGAAAUGUUCGAGAAAAAACGCUAGCAAAUGGUUUCUUGGAUGUUUGGGAAGUAUUGGCCGUAUUGCAAGGUUAAUCCCUUACUCUUGUAUUUAUUUAUAUAUUUACUUAAUUUGUUUCGCUGUACAAAUCUGAAUAAUGAUUCUUUGAAUCUAUUGGUCAUAACAAAAAAUCAGAAAACGCCCAUCUUGCCUUAAAAGUCCGUGAUUCAUAGAAAAGUCGAAUUUCGAGCUAUUUCAAUUUAGAAUGCAACGUUAAAAAUGUUGUGGAAUGCUCGCAGACAUUUCCGUCAUUUUUCGGGUAUAUGUAGCCUAAGGUGUGAUGAAAUAAAAACGACUUUUGUGUCUGUCAUUAAAUGGGUACAAAAGGUACUUUUAAGAGCUGU